UUUGCGCAGGCGCUUCAAACGGUGCCGGGCUUGUAGUGCACCCAUCGUACUUCCGCGGGUAUUUUCAUUACCGUCGCAGCGAUCUUUAGGAGGACGUCAAAGAACAGGGAAAACGCGAAAUCCGAAUUCGGCCUCGCCGACGGGCCGCCGGAGCGACAUGUUCUUCAGCUUGACGGCGCUUACGGACCCCGCGCUAAAGCGCCUGUACAAGUUUGUGCUCAAGCGGGUGCUUGGUCGGUUCCUGCAGCAUGAUCUCGACAUGAGUCAGCUCCAAGUACACCUGCGGCAAGGCACACUCCACCUUGUCGAGCUCGAACUGAACGCGACUGCAAUCAACGACCUUCUUAGGACGUCUGGAUUGCCGUUCCAGAUGAAGCGCGGGUUUGUUGGUUCGGUCAAGGUAACGGUAAGCUACACGAAUAUGCUGAACGAGAGCUGUCUCAUCGACAUCGACGACAUCGACAUGGUGCUCGAACCAGUGUCUGCGAGUCGCCCACAUCCGACGCCAACACCACCAACCACCCCCACAUCUACACCCCCAACGUCUACGAUGCAACAAAUCAACGAAGGAGGCAAUUACGACUACGACACAGACACCGUUGCGCAGGAAGGGCUCGACUUUGUCGCGACAUGGAUCGAGCGGGUAACGUCCAAGGUGAAAGUCACCGUGACAAAUCUAUGCAUCACGCUCGAAGACAGUGCGACAUGCCCAGUGGCGUUAAUGCUUCACGUACCAUGGAUGCAGCUCGUGGACGAGACGCCGCAGGAAGCGUAUCCGUCCGCGUCGAUCCUCAAGGGCGUUCAGUGGAAAGGCAUGAGGGUCGAGAUAGUGCAUCUUCAUCGCGAUUCGAUCGAAGAGACCGCUGCGCCGUUCUCGGUCGUCCCGAUCCUCGUUUGUGAUCCCGUGCGACCCAGUUACGUCCAGAUCAAAAUGUAUCCCUCGACGUUGUUGGAGGUCGACCUGUUCGUGCCGCACAUUGAAAUGCUCAUCCAGCCCAAGCACCUGGGGCAUUUGGCCCAACUUGCCGCGCUCUUGUCAACGCCGCCUGCGUCCAGCGAUACCCACACUCCGUCCUCGACGCCUUCUUCGAAUUUGUACAUGUCGAUCUGUGAUCCUCAGCAAGCCGCAACAUGGCUCGCUCCCGACGGAUCGGACGAGUCCAAUACAACGGCAUCGUCCAACACGCCCGACAACGGAUUCCCCACACUGUCGCUGGCAGAAUUCAAGCGCAUCGAGCGGCUCUUGCAGCAGUACCAAGAAAAGGCUCAACGACCGUUGUCGGGAUCGGCGCCGUCGGUGCUACGCCGCCAAAGCUCGUCGGAAGGCGGCGACAGCGUCGUUGGCUUGUCCGACUUGGAGGAUGAAGAAGAUUUGUUUCACGAUUGCAAUACGUCCAAUUCGAUGCUCGGGUCUGUUCAUCACGGUUCCAUGGGCCAGUCCAUGUACAUGAGUGCGCGACAGCCGGAAGACUCGAUGGUCCAGCGGAUCAAGAUGACGGUGCUCAGCCUCGACAUGACGAUGGUGUACGAAGAUGUGCUGGAUGACCCAGACGAGACCGAUCACCGGAACGAAGCAGGCACGCUUCCCGAUGCUUCUCGGAUGGAGCGGCUCGUCUGGCAUGUCCAAGAGAUGCUGGUGCAGGCUAUCUUGCACCCACCGCAGCCCAAGAACGUCCACAUGUCGUUUCAUCAUGUCACGUGCGAAGAGCGGUUGAUCCCGCGGCUGUCGAUGUCGGACGGCGACGCGGACGAUGGCUCGCCGCCCGCGAUGCUCGCGAUCCCGUGGCUGCGCUUUCUCGGUGACGAGAAGGACGUUAUGGUGCACAUGCACUUGGACGCCGAGUCGACGCGCUCGACGUGUGUCGUCCACGCCCAGCCGCUCCAGGUGGAGGUCGACAUGUUUAUGCUGAAUCGACUGCAAGCGUUUUUGAACGCCGUGCCGCCGCCGACAUGUCCGACGGACGUGACACGUGGCGCGCCGAUUCAAGUGGAAGUGCAUCUUCCGUUCGUCCACAUCCACUUGCGCUUUCCCUUGAUCCCAUCCGAUCGAAUCCGCUUUGGACCGAGCAGCCGCCGCGGCCUCGCGGAAGACACCCUCCAGCUGCAUUUUCAUCAUGUGAAACUUGGCAAACACGCCAUGACGUGGGACCAACUCCACAUAGACCUACACUACCCGCCGGCCUUUAAUCCGCGCGACCGAGGCCCUCCCUGCGUCGCGUCCAUCUGCUCGUCGACAGUGCAUGCGCAGUGCAGCUGGAGUGUACACACACCCACAUUGGAUAAGCUCCAGGCGGCGGCAUCUGUCCGCGCAAAUAUGAAGGAAACGUUCGGUUCGGAUGCUGAACAGGGCGAAGUCAGCAUUGGUGGCGGGGUGGAUGCAUGGCGCCAGACAGACCUGCUUGAACAAGCAUGCGUCGCGGCGUCGGCGACGGUCGUAAAGGUCCACAUCCCCGACGCCACCGUCGUCAUCGACAAAACCGUGUACGACCGUCUCAUGGUACUCACGGACGCACUCGUUUCCAUCAACCCAGUGGACAUUACUGGCUUGACCAAAGUGACGACGCUCCAGCCGUGCGGGAUGAGUCUCGAAAUCGUCUGCGAUGGCUUUCACGUCCGGCUGAAACACGAAAACCUCCCGGAGUACCGCCUCGAACUCGAACACGUCCGCAUCUUUUCGUUGGUGUCGUGGCUCGGGUCGUUGACGUCGCGGCUGCAUGUGGUCGCGCAGGAGCUGACCUUGUUUGAAGAAAACACGCCCGUGCUGUACAAAAUUGCAUGGGGACGACCGCAUGAAGGCCCGCUGCUGCUGUUUUUGCAGGAAACGACCGAGUUGGCCGAAGACAUGCGCGACAUUAGCCUGCACCUGCACUUUUCCCAUCUCACGUGGAGGUACGACAUGGCGUCCAACUGGCUCGGUGACUGCCUCCACGUGCUCCUGACGACGUACCCCCCGGCGAUUGUUCCGUUGGACACCCCGCACGGCGCGGACGAUUCGAUCGACAUGACGCAGGCGCCGAUUCCCCUCGCGAUGCCGACCAAAACCGUCUUUACAAAACUCGUCGUCCAGUGCUACGAAUCUGUGUUGGACUAUGCGCCACCUGGGAUUUCUGCGCGGGCUCUGUUGGUGCUGGGCAAGCUGUGUCUGAGCUCGAACCUGGUCACGGACGCUGCCGUCCAAGGGUACAAAGUGAGUGUGGCCGAGCUCGGCCUGUUUGUCCAUCCCAUGCGCGUCACUCCGGACGUGUACGUGCUGGAAAAUCGGUGGCUGGACAAGUCGGCGUCGCGGGGCGCGUUGUCGAUGCGGGAAACGAUUGAAAACCUCGGGUUUCUUGAAGUAUCAACAUUGGACUUUGCCGACGUGUUUGUCCGCGUGAGCGAAGACGACCAGAUGAACUUGGAGUUGUGUCUUGGGACGAUCAAGCUCAAGGUGUGCUUUGACUCGUUUGAAACGAUGCGGUUGGUGUGCAUCACGUGGUGGGACGAGUUUGCCAAGAAUUCACCCCCGCCAAAAGCAUCGACCGCGGCGCCAGUCAUGUUGGUUGCCGCCGUCGACGUUGCGGACACUGAGACGGCCCCGACCACGUCGUUGAAUGUGCUGGAUCAAAUUGACUUUAACAUGUUUCAACCAAAAACGAACGCCCCGUCCGUCGCGAUGCGCGACACGGAAGCGCGCCUUUUGAAAACGCAAGUCCAUGAAGCGAUGAAGCCGCCCGUCCAACGGCGCCUUCCGUCGACGCCCCUCGUGAUAGAAGACUUUUUUAGCCACGAAACCAAGCAAGGCGGCGCCGAAUCCAGUCCAUGGUUCAUCUCGGACACCACCCCAUCUGCUACCUCACAACCAUCCACCAACUCGUCUUUGUCGUCGGUCCAACCCCGUGCUGGGUCGCCUGCACUAGUGGAGGCAAGUGCGAGGUGGAUUCCGCCCGAGGCUGCCGACGUCAGCGAGAGUCUGCCCGUGCACUUUGAGUCGUCGUUCAAGGCCGUGGACGAAGAGUUCGACGACGACGUGACAGACGACUUGACGAUGAGCGUGAGUAUCAAUGACACGGAAGAGGUCGAGUUGGAUCUCCAUUUGGAUGGAGACAUGCGGCUGGAGCUUAAUCGAUUGCUGGAGGAAGAGGACGACGACCCUGCUAUCCUCACAGAGGACGAAGAGGCGAGUCCCCGGCACAGCGUGCUCAGUCCGCCCGACUCGCCCACGUCCAACGAAAACUCGGCUCGGUGGUACAGCGACGGUAACUUUGGCAAUCCCGACCCGCCGGCGAUUUACUUGCACCACGUGGAAAUUCCCAUCGCUGGUGCGGCGGCCGCCCUGUCAUUUGGAGAAAAGGAGCUGGCGUCAGCGAUCCAAACGAUGACAAACGAGUGUCCCCAGAUGAAGACGCCUGUCAUGGUAAAAAGCAUCUUGCUGCGGGACUUCAACGUGGAAAUGCGGCUCUUUGGCGGCCAUGACUGGCAACCAUCGUCGUCGGCGGCGCCAACGGUCGCAGCAACGACCCCCGACAAAGCCUCGACGGAAGACAAGGCGGAGAAGAAGCAAAAGUUGCUCGACGCGUUGCUCGAAAAUUACGUGGACGAUUCUGACAAGCUCUUGAAAAAUAAACCCAAGUCACGACCGUCCAAGCACCGAAAAACGGAGGAAAUGCUCGAGCUGCGCCUGGCCAACAUCAAGCUGCGGCUGGACCUGUACGCCGAGGACACACCGCAACCGCUGGCGCAAAACACGGUGCUCCACGUCGGCGACGUCGAAAUUCUCGACUACAUCAGCACAUCUCAAAUCCGAAAGCUGCUCUGCUACUGGAAGAGCGACACGUUUCACCCCCGGGAAACAGGCACGCCGCUCAUUCACUUGCACCUUGUGACGGUGCGGUCGACCAUGUCGGCGGAAGAAGAGCAUCGCCUCAAGCUCAAGUUCCUUCCUUUGCGUAUCAACUUGGACCAGGACGUGUUGGAUUUUCUCAAGCAGUUUAGUCGGCCCACCAACAGCGAGAGUCCGCCAACCGACGACAGCGCGGCAUUCCCAAAGCCCGACUUGCCUGUCCCGCUGCACGCCCCCACCGUGAUUAGUGAAAAGCCGGAAAUGGCACCGGGAGCCGCGUCGUUUUUCUUUCAGAGUGUGGACAUUCGGUCGUUCAAGAUCAAGAUCGACUACCGCCCGCAGCGAGUGGAUUUUCAAGCGCUGCAAGCGGGCGACUACUUGGAAGUGAUCAAUUUGUUUGUGUUGGAAGGGAUGGAGCUGUCUCUACGGCAUAUCAAGUUGAGCGGUGUCAGCAACUGGGACGCGCUGAUCAAUCAAACGUUGGUGCAUUGGGUCCAAGACAUUUCCCGGUUCGUCGGGACUGAAACACUUGGACGAUGGACAGUCCCUGAUCGAUGUUAUCCAGGCAUCAAAUUCACAAGUGCUUGGCGAGUGUGGUGCCGAUGCGGUCGAUCUCAAACAUCGGGGCAGGGGCGGCAGACUUGAUUCUGCUCCCGAUGGCCCAGUACGGAAAGGACCGGCGCGUCAUUCGUGGUCUUCGAAAAGGUCCAUGCAAUGGUUGAUCAACCCGCCGAACGGAGCUCAUGCUUUCGUUUCAUCGCAGGCGCCACGAGCUUUUUGAAAAGCGUGACGAUUGAGACGCUGAACACGGCGUCCAAACUCGCGCGGGGCACGAAGUCGUUGCUAGAGACUGCAGACCACGUCAUGCAAGACUCGAAAAAGAAGAAGACCCAGUUCAACUCGCGCAAAGGCAACACCCACGCACGGUACUUGAUCAGUCAACCCGCAAAUGCCACGGAAGGGUGGAACCAAGCGUACGCGUCCAUGUCAAGGGAGUUGCAUGUGGUGGCCAAGACCAUCGUCGCCGUGCCUUUGCUCGAGUAUCAACGGACGGGAUCGCAUGGGUAUGUCAAGAGCGUGAUUCGAGCGGUGCCUGUGGCCGUCCUGCGGCCGAUGAUCGGCGCCACGGAAGCCGUGUCGAGGGCGUUGAUUGGUGUUCGAAAUGCCGUCGAUCCUGAGAUGAAGGAGGAUAUGGAAAACAAGUUUAAAGACAUGUCGUAAUGUACCGCGAGUGGCAUACGUGGAGAACGGCUGUGGACCAAUGUCAUUUCGUCAUCAUCAAGGUGGUGGACCGAAGAAGGCAGGCAAGGCACGUCCGCCAACAAGCCGUGGCAGGAUCGGUGCAUGUAGUCGAGUCCAACUGCAUGGCUGUGCAUCGUAUCCAAACAAGGGCCAUGAACUGCAUAUCCUGCUGAACCGGGGCACGGUCUUGCCUUCGCGCCACAUCCUUCGUGCCAUGAUUGAUGGACUUUGCCCUGUUGAUCGCACUUGACUUGAAACACUGCAUGCAGGACGAAACCAGCGUCAGAUUCCAAGAUGCAUAGAGUCGGUAUAAGAACGCUAGAUAAAAUCAGUACGAAUACAACAUACAAGAUGGAAGAAUGCAAAAAUCAUAUGCAACGUCCUCAAGCUUGCAAACAAAGGACCUCGAGA